AUGGUCGGUAAAUCGUUUGAAUGCGGCCCGAAUAUUCGUAUAAAGCAGCAUAAAUUAUAUGCUAUAAUAACGCCUGUGGAAGCAACAAUAUCUUUAAAUAAUAAUAGAUAUGUAUGUUUAACGAUCAUAUUAUAG